AUGACGCCGCGAAAUAGGGCCCCCAAAGCCGUUCGCAAGCAUGUCACUACAGCAUGCAUCCCCUGCAGGGACGGGAAAGUGAAAUGUGAUGGAAACACCCCAACGUGUAAAAAUUGUCGAAUAAAAGGGAAAGACUGUAGCUAUCGACAAACUGAUGACAAACGCAAGGUCCCUGUGCGAAUCGCCGUUAGCUUCCUAACACAGAGAGUUGACCAGCUGUCGCGUUAUAUCCGGGACCAUGGCCUCCAGAAACCAAAGAUGAAUGACGAAGGCCAUGCUGCUGUCAAGAAUAUUCUUGACGCUCUUGAAAUUAGCUGUGAAGAUUUCCGGGAGAGCGACGGGCAUGUUGGGAUAUUAUCUGAUCAACAGAUUCAUAGUGAUAUCGCAUUUACUAAUAACAAUAAUGUGUCUGUAUUGGAACUUCCACAGCCAGAAGACGCAGGAGGUAAUGGUCCAGCGAGGAGGGACUAUGGCGUUUCCAUGGAUGUUGUGCGUGAUGGGCAGGAAGCUCCCCACCAAGUUGACGAAAAUGCCAGCGUUGGGGCGCACUUAGUGGAAGGCGACGCACCUCGUCAAGUCAUCGUAGAAGAUAAUAUACCGCAUUCUCAAACUCAAGAUCCCAUGUAUCCGACUUCAUUGGAACAAGACACUUCAUUGAAUGCACCUCCACUUGAACCGAUGGCCGCUCCACCUGAGCCGAAUGACAAUGACUCUGACAGUGACGAGGAAGUAACUAACCAGAUGUCUUGUCGUCUGGGACGGCUACAGCUCACACAUCAUGGCCAGCUCCGAUAUUUUGGUUCAACAUCUAAUCUGACUUUAUUAGACGCCUUGGUGGGCGUUAUAUCGCCCAGCUCAGACUCUUUCCAGAGAGACGCGCAAGAGGUUCUUGGAAACGCGGAUCUUAAUAUGCACGUGGAUGAAGAACUCGAGCGGCAUCUGAUUGAGCUCUAUUUUGCAUGGCAAGACCCGUGGCUACAUGUGGUCGAUAUGGACGUCUUCUGGAAAGCUCAGUCACGUUCUCUAGACGAAGGCAUAUCCACGCAGUACUAUUCUCGUGCUUUGUCUAAUGCCAUGUGUGCAUUAGGCGCAGCACAUGAAUCAAAAUAUCAUCCGGACCUAGUAACCUUUCCCCGCUCGCUGUCCGAAUUUUUCGGCGAUAGGGCAAAGUUACUGCUCGAGCUUGAAAUGGAGAAUCCCACUGUUGCAACCAUCCAAGGACUCGUAGUUUUGAGCAGCUACGAGGCAGCUUGUACCAGAGAUACUCGUUGUUGGCUGUACAGUGGGAUGGCGAUGAGACUUGCGUUUGACCUCGGUCUCCAAGUAGAUAUGACGCCUUAUGUGGAAAAAGGGAUAAUAUCACCAGAGGAGGCUGACCUGCGCCGGAUGGUAUUCUGGGGAGUUUAUCUUAGUGAACAAUUUUGGGGGUUCUAUCUAGGGCGCUCCCCGCAGAGCCCUAUGAGUGGUGUCUCUGCCCCCAAGCCAGGUUCAUCUAGCCCACUUCCCGCAAUAAAAUGGAAAGCGUACCCGACAUUGAGCAUGUCACCUUAUGCCAUGGUUCCUUGCGAUCUGAUAUGUUCUCGAUGGGUGUCUCUGUACGAUAUGAUGCUACCCUUGACAGACGUUUUAUACGGAGUUUCGGAAGUAUCCAACCAUUCCCUUCAGGUUCUCACUGCCAAUACGGUGCAGAAUCUAAGAGUGUGGAAGAAGAACCUUCCGCCUGAGCUUCGCGUUGAGGGCCGCCCCAUCAGCCAACCGCCAGUUCCACAUAUACUAUCUCUCCAUAUGCAAUACUACCAGUUCAUGAUUCACUGUCAUCGACCAUACAUGUCAAAACAUUACAUCCAGCCACAACCCCCACAAGGCCCCGGGCCACGCCAUGCUCGCAAGAUGUGUGUGGAAUCCGCCAUUUCUAUCGUUAAACUCUUAACAAUACAUGAGAACCUAUACACCUUCCGCCGGGCAAAUGUCCAAAUGGUUUCGUUCAUCUUUUCCGCUGCGCUCAUCUUGAUCUUCAUAACAGUACCUUCAAAACGAAGCCUAAGAAACCAGGACCUCGUCAGGUACCUUAAUACAUGUUUCCGUGCAUUAGAAGAGAUGGGAAGCAGCCUAGAGAAUGCGAAACGCACGAGCACAUUUCUCAGCACCUUGCAGCGCCAGUGGGAGACCCGUCGACGGAAACGAAUGAAUACACACACAAAGCAGAAGCCAGGACACCGCCAACACCCAGGCAGCAGCAGGAAAAUGGCGAGAGAUAUCGGUUGUACUGGUGAAAUCCACGAUUUUGUAGGAAACCAUACAUUCUCUGAACAUGCGACCGGGCCCAGCUUUGCCUCGCCGUCAGAUGAUUCCGGGGGGGCGGGCUUUUCGAUCGCAGAUCCGUUGUCUCCGAUGGGUGAUUUUAUGGACUUUAGCCUGUGUAAUAUUCUCCUUAGUGAGGGGAUUCCAGGCUCUUUUGUCUGA